AUGAAGACACAUCAGUUUUUCCUUCUGUCGUUACUGUUCCUCACAGGCUUCCUGGCAGCAGACAGCAUAAGCCCAAAUGAAACAAAACUAAAGAAAGCCAAACUUCCCAAAAUAAAAAAGGAGAACAAUGUCCUCUUGCUGAAAAAGAGCAACUUUGACAGAGCAUUGAAGGAAACCAAGUACCUGCUGGUGAAAUUCUAUGCUUCCUUAUCUCAAGCAUCUCAGAAUUUGUCUGAAGAAUUUGCUAAGGCUGCAGGACAGCUUAAAAAAGAAGCUCCAAGGAUCCAGUUUGGCAAAAUUGAUGUCACUCACCAACACGAUCUGAGGAAAGAAUUUAACAUUCGAGAGCUCCCCACUGUGAAAUUCUUUGUGGAUGGCAGCAGGAAGGAUCCCAUAGACUGCAAAGGAGUCAGACAGGCCUCAGCCUUUAUUACGUGGGUGAGAAGAAGAACAGGACCUAGCACUGUUUUAAUCAACUCUACUGAUCAGGCUGAAGCCAUCAUAAAUGCUGAUGAUUUGGCAGUGAUUGGCUUUUUUAAGGAACUUCACAAUGGCAGUGUGGAAGUUUUCUGUGAGACAGCAAGAGAUGUGCCAGAGAUGCCUUUCGGAAUGACUGCCAGCAAGGACGUCCAUGCUGACUAUGGCAUCCAAAAGAACACCCUUGUUGUGUUUAAGAAGACAUCUGUGAAGAUUUUUGAUGUCCCUGUUGAAAAUCACAUCCUGCUGUUCACCCCAACGAACUCGGAGGCAUUCAGUGCGAUCUAUGAGAAUUACACGGCUGCUGCUGCGGACUUCAGAGGAAAGAUAAUGUUUGUCUUGGUGAACACCAACGAGACGAGGAACGGGCGAGUGUUUGAGUAUUUUCGUGUCAGGGAGGUUGAUGUUCCUGCUGUGAGAAUCCUAAACCUGACAAGCGAUGCGAAGUACAAAAUGCCUGCAGAUGAGGUGACUGUGGAGAACCUGAAAGAAUUUUGCCAGAGCUACCUGAAUGGAAAAGCAAAGCUACAUCUCCCUAGUGAAGAAAUUCCAGAGGACUGGGACAAGCUGCCUGUCAAAGUGCUUGUUGGGAAGAAUUUCAACAAGAUUGUCUUCAAUAAGACCAUGACUGUGUUUGUUAUGUUUUAUGCCCCUUGGUCCUCUGACUGCAGAAAGCUCCUGCCAGUCUGGGAUAAGCUAGGAGAGAGGUAUGAAGGUCACAAAGACAUCAUGAUUGCGAAGAUAGAUGUCACAACAAACGACAUCCUGACCGUCUGGUUCGAUCGCUAUCCCUUCUUCAGACUCUUCCCUGCUGGACAAGAUUACCAGGUGGCCUAUGCUGGGGAGCAUACCUUGGAGGCAUUUUCUGAAUUCUUAGAAGAACAUGGCAAGACAAAAGCACAACCAGGAGAGAAGCUGUAG